CCAAGAUCACAUCACUGGUGGUCCGAUCAGCUCCGAUCGCUUUGUGUUCCUCAGCCACUUGGCUCCGCCGCGAUUCUUUCCCAACUAAUCCGGCGGUUUGAGUUUUUUUUUUUUAAUCUAUGGCGGAACCACCAAAGCUUAGGGUUUUAAUGGUCUCUGAUUUCUUCUUCCCAAACUUUGGUGGUGUCGAGAAUCAUAUCUAUUAUCUCUCUCAAUGCUUGUUAAAGCUCGGUCACAAGGUGGUGGUUAUGACACAUGCUUAUGGGAACCGUACUGGAGUUCGAUAUAUGACAGGUGGACUCAAAGUAUAUUAUGUACCUUGGAGACCUUUUGUUAUGCAGACCACAUUUCCGAUAGUUUACGGAACACUUCCCAUUGUAAGGACCAUACUUAGACGCGAGAAAAUCACAGUAGUUCAUGGACAUCAAGCUUUCUCUACGCUUUGUCAUGAAGCUUUAAUGCAUGCCAGGACGAUGGGCUAUAAAGUUGUGUUUACAGAUCAUUCCUUGUAUGGGUUUUCUGAUGUUGGGAGUAUCCACAUGAACAAGGUUUUACAGUUCAGUUUAGCAGAUAUAGACCAGGCGAUUUGUGUUUCACACACGAGCAAGGAGAAUACGGUUCUAAGGUCUGGAUUGCCCCCAGCAAAGGUUUUUAUGAUACCAAAUGCUGUUGAUACUGCUAUGUUCAAGCCUGCUUCUCUUCGUCCCAGUACUGAUAUCAUCACUAUAGUUGUCAUAAGUAGAUUAGUGUAUCGUAAAGGUGCGGAUUUGCUUGUUGAAGUCAUUCCAGAAGUUUGCCGUUUAUACCCCAAUGUUCGUUUUGUAGUUGGAGGGGACGGACCAAAACAUGUGCGUUUAGAGGAAAUGAGAGAGAAGCAUUCUCUCCAAGAUAGAGUUGAAAUGCUGGGUGCAGUGCCACAUUCUCGUGUACGCUCUGUAUUGGUAACCGGUCAUAUUUUCCUGAACAGUUCUUUAACAGAAGCCUUCUGCAUAGCUAUAUUAGAGGCAGCUAGUUGCGGAUUAUUAACUGUCAGCACUCGUGUUGGAGGUGUCCCAGAGGUCCUACCAGAUGACAUGGUUGUACUUGCUGAACCAGAUCCGGAUGAUAUGGUAAGAGCAAUUGAGAAGGCAAUAUCAAUACUCCCAAGUAUUAACCCCGAGGAGAUGCACAAUCGAAUGAAGAAGCUCUACAGUUGGCAAGAUGUUGCUAAAAGAACCGAGAUUGUAUAUGACCGUGCUUUGAAGUGUUCAAAUAGGAACCUUCUAGAACGUCUAUCUCGGUACAUUAUAUUCUUACUCAUAUUGAUUAAUUUAAACCCCACCCCCUCCAUUUUCUUCGUUAUUGACGAAUAUCUGAUCUUCUGUAGGUUCCUCUCGUGUGGAGCUUGGGCGGGGAAGCUAUUUUGUAUGGUUAUGAUCCUCGAUUACUUGUUUUGGCGGUUACUUCAGUUACUGCAGCCUGAUGAAGAUAUUGAGGAGUCUCCCGAUAUCCGUCUUUGCCAUCACCGAGGCAUCGAAGUAUCUGAUGGUCUCAAGGAAGAAGAUAAAGUGAGAAAUGAGUGAGUCGAGUUUCAUCUCCGUCAAUUUUGGCAUUUUGUUGCCUGAAAUUAGAAGUGAGCCCUAGAUUCAUUGUUUCUUAGGACAUAAGUAACUCCGUAAACUAAUUUAUACAGUGUUCAUAUUUUCAUUACAAGUUCUGUCUUUUGCCAAACCGAAAAUAACCAUGGAAAAGGUAAAGACGAUGAUGUAGCAGUGAGUCCCAUAUACUCGUCCGGAAAGAAAUUUGAUUUUGGAUUA